AUGGAUACUUUGCACUUUUUAAUGAUUGGAACAUUUUUGUCUACAAUCUUUCUCUAUUAUGGUUGGAUCAUUAGAGGAACAAAGAAGGGAAGAAAAGUUAACCAAAAGGGUGGCAGUGAAGCCCCGGAGCCAGUCGGUGCAUGGCCGGUCAUCGGUCACCUCCACCUACUCGGCGGCGCAGAUCAACUCCUCUACCGCACGCUCGGCGCCAUGGCCGACAAGUACGGCCCAGCGUUCAAUAUUCGGCUGGGGAGCCGCCGAGCUUUCGUGGUAAGCAGCUGGGAAGUGGCUAAAGAAUGCUUUACCACAAACGACAAAGCACUAGCUAGCCGACCCAUGACCGUAGCCGCAAAGCACAUGGGCUACAACUACGCCGUCUUCGGCUUCGCGCCAUACACGUCAUUUUGGCGCGAGAUGCGAAAGAUCGCGAUGAUCGAACUCCUGUCAAAUCGACGGCUGGAAAUCCUCAAGCACAUAAGGUUGUCGGAAAUGAAUUUGUGCGUUCGAGAUUUACACGAGUUAUGGGCUAAAAACGGCUCCGGCGCCGUUGAACUCAAACGCCGGUUUGAGGAUAUGUCGUUAAAUAUGAUCGUCCGGAUGGUGGCCGGAAAACGUUACUUUGGGGCCGCCGGAGAUACUUCCGAUGACGGAGAGGCGAGGCGGUGCCAAAAUGCUAUAAAUAAGUUCUUUCAUUUGAUUGGUAUUUUUGUGCCGGCGGAUGCGCUGCCAUUUCUGCGGUGGUUGGAUUUGCAUGGGCAUGAGAAAGCCAUGAAAGCCACGGCGGCGGAGCUGGACUCGAUACUCAAUGGAUGGGUGGAUGAACACCGUAAGAGGCGAAAAACUGGCGAGGUUAAGGGUGAGGGUGAUCAGGACUUCAUCGAUGUUAUGUUGUCCCUCGAGGAACAAGGCCAUUUUUCAAACUUCCAAUAUGAUCCAGAUACCACUAUAAAGUCUACUUGUCUGGCACUUAUUCUGGGAGGUAGCGACACAACAGCGGGAACGUUAACAUGGGCCAUUUCGUUACUACUAUACAACAGAGAAGUAAUGAGGAAGGCUCAAGAGGAGAUAGAACUCCACGUUGGCAAGGACAGGCUAGUCGAGGAAUCCGAUGUUCGAAACCUUAUCUAUAUUCAAGCCAUUGUGAAAGAAACAUUAAGAUUAUAUCCAGCAGGUCCGCUCCUAGGGCCCAGGGAGGCCAUGGAGGAUUGCGUUGUGGCCGGUUACAAUGUCUUGGCGGGCACUCGUUUGAUCGUGAACGUGUGGAAAAUUCAAAGGGAUCCCAGAGUUUGGGAAGACCCUAAUGCUUUUAAACCAGAGAGAUUCUUGAACAGAGCCCAAAACGUUGAUUUAAGGAGCCAAGAUUUUGAGCUGAUGCCGUUUGGGUCAGGGAGACGAUCUUGUCCUGGAAUGUCGUUUGCUCUUCAGGUUCUUAACCUCACAUUGGCUCGUAUAGUUCAGGCAUUCGACAUGGCGACGCCGUUGGGUGAGGCGGUGGACUUGACUGAGAGCCCUGGGCUUACUAUACCUAAAGCAACGCCACUGGAAGUUGUUCUUACACCCAGGCUCCCAAACAAGCUUUACAUAUGAGUGCUCUUAGCCUAUAU